AUUGUAUAAGGACCACAUAAAUACAAUUAGAUGGACGCUAUAGAAAGAAAAGGAAACUUGGUGUAGUGGUAAAUCCCUUUCUUUACCAUCAAGAAGUGAUGGGUUCAAUCCUUGUAUCAGUUGUUUUUCUUGUUUUUUUUUUAAAUCUAGUUCAAACCUCGCUAUGACCCGACCCGAAUGAGGACCAACCCGAAAAAUUUAACGGUUUGUUAUGAAAAUUUCGGACACCGAAAAAAAGGGACCUCAAUAAAAAAAAUUCUGGAUCCGGCACUGUCCCGUACGCCAUCCCCUCGUUUAUUCUUUUCUUUCACACUAGUAUAAAUUUACCACCUUACCAAAUUUAAAAACCAUCAAAAUUUCAAAAUAAAGUAUGGCAGCAAUCGACACCCCCCUGACCUUCACCGUCCGGAGACGUGCACCGGAGCUCAUAGUUCCGGCAAAACCCACACCUCGAGAACUAAAGCCUCUCUCCGACAUCGAUGAUCAGGAAGCACUUCUUAUUCAGAUGCCUGUAAUAUUAGUUUAUCGUAGCAAUCCAAAAAUGAGAAGUAAAAAUCCAGCAAGUGUGAUAAGGGAAGCCUUGGCUAAGCUUCUGGUGUUCUACUAUCCGUUCGCCGGCCGACUAAAGGCAGGUCCGGAAGGGAAGCUGAUGGUGGAUUGCUCGGCCGAGGGCGUGUUGUUUAUCGAGGCGGAGGCGGAUGUUACGCUGAGUCAAAUCGGAGAUGCACUUCCGCCACCAUCGCCUUUUAUGGAAGAGCUCCUUUAUGACGUUCCGGGCUCUAGUGGCAUCCUGUAUUCACCAUUGCUACUAAUUCAGGUGACACGACUACUAUGUGGGGGUUUCAUCUUUGCCAUACGCUUCAACCACACCAUGACUGAUGGGGCAGGACUCGUACAAUUCCUGUCAGGGUUAGAUGAAAUAGCUAGGGGUGCCAAAUCACCAUCAACAUUGCCUGUGUGGCAAAGAGAGUUGCUAUGUUCUAGUGAUCCACUGCCCAUCACACUAACACUAACCAAGGGGACACCGGUUGACAUGGUACACAAGUCAUUGUUCUUUACUACCACCGAGAUUUCCGCUUUACGCAAGCUUGUUCCGGUACACCUACAAAGUUGUACCACCUUCGAGGUGCUAACAGCUUGCCUCUGGCGUUGUCGUACCAUCGCCCUCCAAACAAAUCCGGAAGACGAGAUGCCCAUCAUAUGGACCUUUAAUGCGCGUAAGAUGUUCAACCCUCCCCUCCCUGUUGGAUACUAUGGCAAUGUCUUGGCCUUCCCUGCUGCCAUUUCCACAGCUCGAGAUUUAUGUAACAAGCCAUUCGCUCACGCAUUGGAGCUUGUGAUGAAAACCAAAUCCGUUGUCACUAAAGAGAACAUUAGAUCUGUUUCUGACCUAAAGGCAAUCAACGGGCGAUACAACUAUGCAGGUAUUCGACCUUACCUUGUCUCCGAUUUGACUCGUUUGGGGUUUGAUGAGAUCGACUUCGGGUGGGGAAAGGCGGCAUAUGGAGGGGUUUGCAAAGGGGGAGUAGCGGCUAUCCCAGGUCUUUCAAGUUUUUAUAUUCCUUAUACGAACAAUAAAGGAGAGUCUGGAAUCGUGAUACUCAUAUGUUUGCCGAAUGGGGUGAUGGACCGAUUUGUAAAAGAGAUAAAUAACAUGUUAGUACAAGCAAAGGACAAUGAAGUUCUCCUGGAACAUGUUCUCCUGGAACAUGAGUUACCCGCUCUUUCAAAACUAUAAUUUCCAUUCCAAGAUGUUUUAAUUAAGGUGUGCUCGUAAUUUAUUAGGAAAUAAAUAUCCUUAAAAGCUUAUAUGUAUAAUGAAUAAGGGUAUAACACAUUUACAUAUACCAAAUACUAUACCCACAUUGUGUAUCAUCGAACGUUGUUACCUCUAAUAAUGAUAAAGUGUCGAUUUCAUAUAUACAUAUACUAGGUUAUAACCCGUGAAUACUCGUGGAUCGAAAAUUUAAUUUGCAUUAAUCGAAUUGUCAUUAAAUAAAAUAAAAACACAUGCUUUCUAAGGUUUUUGAUGAACACGUUUGAGAGAGAGAGAGAGAGAAUGAACGAGUUCAUGAGUUCUUAAUGUUAGUGUUAUUAAGUGUUUAAAUAAAUAAGUUAAAAUUUGAUGUCGAUACUAUGCGGUACCAAUGUUGAAAUUAAAAGACAUGUUUUCAAACGUAAUUUGCCGUAAAAUAACACUUUUUUUCCAUGGGUGUCUCCUUCCUUUUCUUUACAUGUGCACCCCUAUGCUCCAAGUAAGAUGUACACUGAAUUUACUACUUUUUUACUCGCUCCCUCUUCACAUACACACUGAUUCAACUUGAUCAUAAAAUAAUUUGACUACUUAACUUUAGUGCUUCAUCAUUGUUCUUAUAACAGAGAAAGCAAUAUUAAGUAGGGGUAAAAACAACUAAAGAAAAAACCAACGAUUGUAUUACCAUGAUCAGUUCCAAAACCCCAAACAUUAAAAACCGACGAUUUUAUCACCAUGAUCAGUUCCAAAACACAAAUCGAAACACCCCCUCUACCCAAAGCCAAAGCAAAAACAAAGUUACAAAACAUUGUAUCUGUGUGUUGAAAUGGUUGGAGGGUUUAGCUCAACUGUGGGAAUGGGGUCACUCACAUGAGGGAAAUUAUAUCUGAGUAUC